AAAGGGCCAAUUAAGCAGAGGCCAUCCAAACUUACCAAUACAGCAACCACAGCCAGAAUCCAUCACCAUGUAAGAAAGCUAUCUAGCCCUAGAAACCUCUCACACACUUAGCUAUCAAGAAACAAGACUAUCCUACAGCCAUGGAGGAGAAGAAACUGUCGGAAAGGACCAAGGAGAGCGGCGGCGUAGCAGAAGAUGGAACCGAAGAGGAUGAUUUGGUGUUCCCGGGGUUCCGGUUCCAUCCGACGGACCAGGAGCUCUUGGGAUUCUAUCUGAAGAGGAAGGUGGAGAAAAAGGGUUUCAGUAUUGAGAUCAUCAAGGAGAUCGAUAUCUACAAGCAUGACCCCUGGGAUCUUCCAAAUGAAGCUUGGCAUGUGCUGCAGGGAGCAGCAGAGAAAGACUGGUACUUCUUCUGCCUGCGUGGUCGCAAGUACAGGAACAGCAUCCGGCCCAACCGCGUCACCGGUUCCGGCUUCUGGAAGGCCACCGGCAUCGACAAGCACAUACACGAUGGCGCCGGCGGUGAGUGCAUCGGGCUCAAGAAGUCCCUCGUCUACUACCGCGGCAGCGCCGGCAGGGGCACCAAGACUGAUUGGAUGAUGCACGAGUUCCGUCUCCCCUCGACGUCGUCGUCGGCCGACCUCCAAGAUGCAGAAAUAUGGACGAUCUGCCGGAUCUUCAAGAGGAACAUGUCCUACAACCGGAGGUGCCAGCAGCAAGAACACGGCAACAAACAGAACCAUCAGCAGCAGCAGUUGGAUUACUACGCAUACCGCCAUCACCAGCACCACUACACAAGCGGCGCUUCCAUGGAGAGCAGCUUCGAGUCGUCUGAGGCGAGAGAAGCUCAAGCCACUGAACAACACCGCCAGCCGUUCUUGCUGCACGGUUUCCAUGGCGCGUCGUCGGCCGCCGUGACGACGAUGACGUCUAGAAUGAUGGGAGCUCCGCCGCCACCGGCGGCGUCGGGCUGGAGCGAGCUGACGAGGUUCCGGGAUGGCGGCAGCAGCUGGGACGAGCUCGGGAGGAUCGUGGAGAUCGCAACAGAUGCUACCUACGUGUAAAUACCGAUCGUAGCCUUCAUGGUUGUGACAGUAUACCUGACUUUACUUGUGGAUAAAUACACUACCGACGGUCAAGUGAAUUUACAUCGCUCGCAUGUACAUGAGUGUGGAGCAGCUAGGUAGCUAUAGCUGCAUAUGCAUGCUUGCGUGCAUCUUACUUGCAGUACUCACUGAAUGUGAUAUGUAUCGUAGUUUGCUGCGGAGAAGCUCCCAUGAGCUCCUUGUUUUUAUAAAAGAUGUGUGCAGUUCUCUCUGG